UUGCAGCUUCCAAAUUUUCUACAAUGAGUAUUAUUUUGUAAUUAGAUAAUUUUAAAAUAAAAAUCAGUCUACAAUCUUUCAAAAACAUAUUACUUAGUGUUAAAAACAAGAAUAGAGGCCCCAAGCAGAGCUGCUUAUGCUGAGUGGCAUGUCACCAAACAAGAAAAUGCAGUUUUGGCUCCCCCAGGAAGGAAUCUUAAACCAGUCAAUCAAGAAUUGCCUGUUCAGCCCCAGUUAGGUAGUCUGCCUGAUGGGUGCCUACAGCCCCCUAAAGGAAAGUACCCUUGCAAUAAUUACUUUGUGUUUUUGCCUAGUAAAACUUCCUUGUUCCCGCUCCAUCCUGGCUACGGAAGUCUGUCAUUUUGUACAGCUCCUCAGAGCUCCUUUCUAUCUGCUUGACUGGAUACUGCCUGUCUGAAGUCAAUUUUCACUCAAAUAAACUCAUAAAAUUGUUAAUGCAUCUAAAUUUAUCUUUUACCAUUAAGAAUGAUGGAACAAUGAUGUCAAUGAUACAUACAAAGCUUACUAUAGGCAGCAAAGAAUAAAUGUUUAACAGAGAACUUAGAAACAGAGUUAGGCAGGAAAAACAAUUUAAUGUAAAACAAUGUAAAUAAUUAUUUUCACAGAUCUUAAUGAAGGCAUUUAUUUUGGCAGAGGAGAAAGCUAAGUAUUUAUCUGUAAGUUUCAGGGCUUAAUUCUUAAUGUACAAGUAAAAUACAGUACAUCAUGAAAUAUAUACAGCCAGAAAAUGUUUUUUUAAUUAUUUUGCCAUGAAAUGAGAUAUAAAUUGAUAUGAAAAUAUGAAUUUUAAAUGCUUUGCAUAUCUAUUACUAUUAUUAUCAGAUAAUUAUCAUAUUCUACCUCUAGUAACUGCUGAUUUACCAUAGGGGUCUUAAAUUUAUAUGAAAAGUAAAACUUCAAGUUUUGAAGAUACUCCCAUUCUCAUCACACUUAAGUAGUGAGGUGUCUCUCGUUUGCCAAAUGCACACAGUUGCCUAGCGUGAUAUCCCCGUAUCAGCCUAAGAACACUGCACUCCAGAAGUACAAGGCAGCUUAAAUUCACAGUGAUUAUAAUCAUUUUCUUAGUUUAUAUAGAAAAGGAGUGUUAGGAAACAUCAAAUCCUCCUGUGCUUUUAAAAGACCCUAAAAAGAGAUUCAAAACAUGAGCAAAACCCAGCUUUUGUGGCUAUUGUGUGACUUCAUGUCCUCUAAAUUCUUACAAAUUCUAAAGCUGUUCAGACAAGAUGUUGGUUAUGUGAAGUAGGAUGAUGUCUCACUUGACUCACUAGCCAUCAUUGAUAAAGUGAGAUGGAAGAGUAGGCACAGUCUAAUUCAGCUUCUCUAUGUAGCCUAAUGGGCCCAGAAUCUGGCAUCUCUAUUUCACAUGGGAAAUAUAUGAGAUCAUUAGGGGCCAGGAAGGCUUGGGCUUUCACUCCACUUCACCAGUAAUUUAAGAAUGUGAUCUUGGGCAAGUCACUUAACCUCUACAUCUGUCAAAAAGCGAAUCAGUAAAAUGUGACUCAAUGAAAUAAUGAAUUUGAAAACACUUAGUAAAAUUAAAAGUAUCAAGGAAAUAAUUCUUCUAUCUCAAAAGGUUAUGAUCAUCAUUAAAAUGUAGCACAUAGAAAAAGAGAACAUACUAACAAGACUUAACUGAGAGCCACAGAAAGAUUUGCAGAAGUGUAUCACGUUAUGGAGGACCAUAGGUCUGAUAAAGACAAAAACUUGGCACCAAUCUAUACCAGAGGAAACUCAGAUUUUCACAGGAGACACAGAGCUCCCAGAAGAAUUCUGAGUGGUAUGGAGAUUAUCCAACAAUAUGUCCUAACUUCAAAAGGAGAGAAUUGUAUCUUGACAAGCCAAGGGGUUCAAUAAAGUGACAAGCGAUGCAGUAAUAGAGGCAUCAACUCUAGACCAAUUAAAAUUUGUAUAAAGCUGUAAAAGAGGGUCAGAAAGAAGAAGUUCUUGCAGGAGGCAGAAUCCUUGAAAGUCAACAUUGAUGAAUGUGUGCAGCGGAAUGACCAACCUCUUUGGUAGCCAGCUUCAUGGCCUGGGGCUUCCCUUUUUAAAAGACUUGGACUGCUCUUGAGUUUAAGAGGCUGAGUCACAGACAAUGCUAAGCCAUUAACAUAGCUUCUUAUUGAAUAGUACAAUUUUAUUUUUGAAGGGGAAGUUGGGGGUGUGACACAUGUGGUAGCUAGCAGUAUACUACUGACUUCAUCACCACUACAGCCAGAAAGGCCAGCUGAUGUGUCAGAUAUGUUAAAAAGUGAAAGUAUGCCACAGCAUAUGGUAGCAUUUCCCCCAAGCAUUUCAAAAUAGAAAUUAUAAGGCCAAUUUACAUAAUGAUGCCUCUUAUGCAACAGUAGGGAUAAGCCAGGCCCUAGUAACUCAAUUUUCAACAGGGUCCCAUAAGUGUAGCCAUUCUCUAUGGAAAUAUCUGGAGAAAUAUAAAUAUGAAGACUAUGAGAACAUCAAAGGCCUCACUGGAAAAGUCCCCACACAGAAAAAUGUGUGGGUCUGAAUUCUUCCAUUUUGGAAGGGUAAAGGCUUGAGCUGAUGAUGCUGGGAUGAGACACUGAAGUCUUUAGAGAAGUGAGAAGGCAUAAUAAAGAUGACACACAGAUUGCUAAAGAGCCUUUCCCUUAGAACUAAUGUUAACUUUCUUUUGAAAGUACAGAAAGACAUUUUUCAUUUUUUAGUAAUAAAAGAUAGACCACAACAAUUUGUCUCUGUCUCUAAUCUUUUCUAAGAGGAAAGACCAUUUAUUUCUAAUCUGGCUUUUCCUCAAUUUUUUUCCACCUAAGGAACCAUAAUGCUUAUUUAAAAUUUUUUAAAAGAUGUUUUAUAUUCUUCAGAAUAUUGCCUAAUGCAUAAAUAGUACUGAACCAUUUUCCCAUGUUCACUGUAAGUACAGUUAAGUGCUCCUUAGAAUGCUUAGCCUUUCCUGCCUACCCACUCUUCUCCCAAUCUAAAUCUACGGUUUAGCCGUUUUGUCACAAUGGCUAAAGUCAUGUUCUUUCUUCAAAAUACAUUAAAUCCACCUCUUAAGGCAGCAUCCACCUUUUACCUAGGAUUACACUUGUCUCUUGUCAUGUCUUCCCUAUAUAGAUCAGGUUCUUUGAGAAAGAAUACGAAUGGUAAGAGGGUGGACUUUGUAGUCAGAACAUUCUGCUCUCAAAUUCUUGUUCUGCUUCUCACUGGCAGUAAGGGCUGAAUGACCUAGAACAAGUGACUUAGCUUCUUGAGUCUAAUCUGAAAAAUGGGAACCACCACUUCACAGGUUUGUGGUAAGGUUUCAGCUAGACUGUGUACCUGCACAUUGUUCUUUUUCUCUUUCUAUAUACCUGAGCGCAUUACAGGUGCUAGAUAAAUGUCUGUUUAAAGACUAGAAAAGAAUAAGGUAAUAAAAAUGGAGUUCCCGGCAAUCUCUUUGAGAAAGGAUUUCCUUAAUUCUCCCCAGUUUAAUUUAGAAGCAUAUGCCUUUACCAUCAUUAAUGCAUUAUACUGAGGACAAAUUAAUACAUAUCCUAAAUAUCCUAACCCAGUCUACUGACUAAAAAAAUACGGAUCUGAUUUUAUUUCAUUACUAUUACAUAUACUGUUACACUGACAGUGUCCCAGGUGCUUUAGAGGAUAAAUCAAAAUCUGUUAAAGAGGCAAGAAUAUAAAAACUAGAAACACAUGGAUUGGUUUACAUAUAGCACAUACAGUCUAUUAUAAAACUAGCAUCAGUACUGACCCUUAGAUACAAACUGUUUUCUGAGUGUUUGUCACAAGUUGUUUGUAGUACUUCAUUUUUUCAUAAAGGUACUCCAUGAAUUAUAAUGGAUAACUCACUUAGUAACUUGUGCUGAGUUAUGGCCUCUGUAUUAUAAGAGCCACUUUGGAAUAAAUGAGCUCAGGUACCCCUGAACUGUGGACAGCUCUCACUCCACAAGGCACAAGCACACACAAACACAUAUACCCCCAUGAGCUACCAUGGUUUCCUGGGCUUAUUAUCAUGCCUUUCUUACCCACCAGCACACUAGCUAGGCCAGCAUUGGUACACCUCAAGCUGGCCAGAUCAUAUUUCUCCUUAAGAAUAUACAAGUGGUUUUCAAGAAUUCCAGUUAGUAAAUUUCCUUAUAGACAAACUUUGGGAUCCCUGAUAUGCUCAUUUUCUGCCUUACAUUGAAAGAAAUAUAAGAAAUAUGUUCAAUAAAGAGAGAGAGAAAUGAAACAGAUUUGAGGGUGGAAGAAAGAUCUAAUAGCUCAGGUGGUCCCUGAGACUGAGAGGGAGAAAAAGCAUUCUUGAUUCUGGCAACACUUCAAUUCCCAUUACAUCCCCUUGAUGCCCAGCAAAAAUAAUAAAGGAGCAAAAAUAAGUAUGUCCUAAAAAGCUCCCAAACUAGUAUCAGUACUCUUAGAAGCAAACCCUUUUUUGAAUAUUUUUAAAACAUAUUUUUAUUUUUUUCAAAAAAAUUACAACAGGCACUAAGAGAUUUAAAUGGGUACAAGAAACCUGUUAAAAUUAAAACAGCAUAAAAUACCAGAAGCUCAAUGCACAUUUUAUGUAUUCUAAUCCUAGUAUUUCUCUAGCUAAUUGUAUAAGAAGGAACCUGUCAUGUUGUAUGCAUUAGCUCAGUCAUUGUGUAGAUAAAAAGGUAAAACCAUCCUGAAACAGGAAACCAAUAUUCUUCCUGUUUAAUCAACAAAUCUAGAAAUUUAUUCUUCUCAACUGUUUACUCUUGCUUUUGUCCAUCACCACAUGUUGCUCUACAUAUUCAGCAUUGUUUUAUGACAAAGAGAAAAUUUUCAUGAGCCACUUUUGUAUCCCCACCCCCUUAAAGAAAGAGGGAGGAAAAACUGUUUCAUACAGAAGGUGUAUGAAUUAGAACUGCCACCUAAGUGUGGGCUAAUGUAACCAAGAGGGAUUUCACCUACAUCCAUUCAGUCAGUUUAUGGGGGUUUAAAGAAAUUCCAAAGAGUCAUCAGAAGAGGAAAAACAAAGGUAAUGCUUUUUGCCACACAGGUAGAAUCUUUGAAAAUAUGUGUAAUAUGUAAAACAUUUUGACACCCCCAUAAUAUUUUUCCAGAAUUAACAGUAUAAAUUACUUCUCUUGUUUGAGAGCUUCCUAUCAGCCUCUCUAGUCACUACUUACAGUAACCUCAACUCCUGCCACAAUGUACAAGGUGCAGCUCUUGUCCUGCAUUGCACUAACUCUCGCACUUGUCGCAAACAGUGCACCUACUUCAAGCUCUACAAAGGAAACUGAGCAACAACUGGAGCAGUUACUGCUAGAUUUACGGUUGCUUUUGAAUGGAGUUAAUAAUUAUGAGAACCCCAAACUCUCCAGGAUGCUCACGUUUACAUUUUAUGUGCCCAAGAAGGCCACAGAAUUGAAACAUCUUCAGUGUCUAGUAGAAGAACUCAAACCUGUGGAGGGAGUGUUACAUUUAGCUCAAAGCAAAAACUUUCACUUGAGAGAUAUCAAAGAAUUAAUGAGCAAUAUCAACGUAACUGUUCUGGAACUAAAGGGCUCUGAAACAAGUUUCACAUGUGAAUAUGAUGAUGAGACAGAAAACAUUGUAGAAUUUCUAAACAAAUGGAUUACUUUUUGUCAAAGCAUCUUCUCAACACUGACUUGAUAAUUAAGGGUCUACCACUGAAAUGUAUCAAGCUUUCUAUUUAUUUAAAAUAUUUAAAACAUAUAUUUAUUUUUUGGUUUAAGGUUUUCUACCUUUUGAAACUAUUAUUCUUAGUCUUCAGAUGAUAAAUAUGGAUCUUUUAAGAUUCUUUUUGUAAGCCCUAGGGGCUCUAAAAAAUGCACUUAAAUUAUUUAACCCAAAGUAUUUAUUUUUAUAUUGAAUUGUUAAAUAUAAUGCCUAUGUAGAGCAGUUAAUAAAAUUAUUUAAUAAAGUUGAUGAAUUAAAGCAACACCAGAUAUUUGUUAUCCUGGGAACAGUACAGAGUAAGCAUUAAAAUAUUUCUGAAUUACUCAUGUGCACUCAAAUAAAUGGUUAAGAUGCUCAUGAAAGUCAUUCUUCCCCUGGAAAGGUAUGUGGGAUAUGGGAAAUGGGCUUCUCAAAGCUCUUGUUUUCUCCUUUCAUGAGCUGAUCAGAUCCUUAGUCCUGAGAAAAACUCAUCAAAUUAUACUCUUUUCUUCCUCUAGGAUAUGCCUUAAAUUUAAUCAAGAUGCCCAACACAAACAUCCUUGAAACUCUUCACAGAGUUGGUGUGUCUUUCUAUCCAUUUUCCAAUACCUUACACCUUGUUUUCUCUCAAGAGGCUCACCUGGUAUGACCUAGAUCAAAGGCCUCCCUGCCCUUUGGCUUUCCACUGGGUCCUGCCACUGGGGAGCCAUGUGAGGAUGUCUGAGGGACAGAAGGGAUUCCCCUGACUCUCCCUGUGGAGUAGCCUCCAGAUGGAUGACUAUGCCUCUCAACCAAAGAACCCAGCUUCUCUCAAGGUGACUCUCUUGAGACUUUUUCCUUCUGCAUUCUGCCAGUGUUUCCUUCCAUUCUUCCCUUCAAGCCUAGGGAUAUAACACUUCUACUGUUCCAGAGUAUUGAAUAAUCCCUUGCAGUUUCUCUGUACCCUGACCACAGCUUUGUAAAUCAUCUCUUUAUUAGAUCCUUCUUGAAUUAUACUGAGCAUGCCAUUUAUUUCCUGACUCAGACACAGUGAUUGUACCACAAACAGCCCUAAGAAAGACCCUCAAAACAGUAUUCUUGAGCAGAGUUGUUCAUAUAUUCAAGGAACACAAGUAUAAUGGGACAUGGGAAAUCUAUGAGAUGUAGCAGCAUCUUGAUUACUCAAAUUAUUAUCAGUGGUAGCACAGGAAGAAGUGCAGAUGGAGGGCAAGGUGUUGUGAGAUCAAAUGGCCACUGACAUCUAAUUGCUACAGCAAAAACACGUACAAAAAUUGAUUAUUGCCUAGAUUUUUCGAUAGGCCCAGACACAGAACAAAGGGGAAAAAGCUAAAGUUAUGAAUAUAUAAUUAAAAACAUGCAUGGGCAACCAGAAGCCCUUGUUGGCAGUUUUGAUGGAGUCCUUCAUCUCUUAUAGCCACAGAGUAUAUAUGGCAGAGGACAAACCUGAGUCUGACCUAAGGGCUGCAAAGAUGUAGUGCUAAUUAAAAGCAUAAGCCUUCCAGAUCUUUUAUACUAGGAUGGGGAAGAUGUGGGAUGUAGAUAUUUUCCAGACAUAGAGGCUAGGAACUUUAAACAUCUGCUUGUCUGUCCUAUUGAUGGAAGCAAUUUCUUUCCUUUAACAACAUCCCUUCUGAGGAAAAAAACCACUCUUCUACUUAAAAACCUUCCAGUUACUCAUAUAUUGAGGGCAAUUGUCCUCAGAAUUCACGUCUACCACUUUUCAUUGCGUCCAGGCCUAAAAUGGGAGUUAAGAUCUCAACAUUGCUGGGCCAGUGCAAUAUAAGGUGUUUAGGACAAUGAAGUGAAAAAUUAAGUCAUGUUCGGGCUGAUUUAAUUGAGAUUAAUGCAACUCCCUAGGAUUCAGAAUUACUAUAAUGAGAACUUGCAAAUGGCAUUAAUAGCUGGUUGAGUAAAUGCUUGGACUCCCCCAGUGGCCUCUUUUAACAAUGUUGAAAUGCCAGAGCUUCCCCAUAGAAGAAAGAGUCCAAAGGAUCAGAGAAAUUGAAAUGUUGGAUUGGAUUUAUUAUGUGCAAUCUUCUCAUCUUGGCCAGAAAGACAUUAAGAAAUGCAUUGGUAAGUGGGAGACAAGCAUGCAUCACUGUUCUGUGGUGGUUCUCUUUAUUAGGCCAGAAAUGACAGGUGUGCUUCAAUAGAACUGGUUUCCCUGAUCUCACUGGAAAUCCUGUAGUGACAAAGGCCAGGUGGCUGCACCUGGUCCUCUGAGACAAGGUAGAAGUAAUCACCACAGUAAACCACAGGGCACAGUGCUAAUCAAACUGUUUUAAUUCACAGAGAUCUGUAACAGUGGCUAAUUGCAAGAUCCUUAAAAAUUAGUAGAUUCUAAAUUUGCUAGGCAGACACGAAUGAAAGUCACUAUAAUUGGGAUUCAUGACUUGUUUCCAGUUCUCAGACUUGAGCCACUCUCAUAGGCUCAGUAUCCAUGCCUCAAGGGGAAGAGGCUGGAUCCUUUAGGGAAGGACCCUAUAAUGUGUUCACAGAUGUACACUGUAAAAUUUUCCCCAGGCCAUUUUGGAAAAGAUAUUUAUCAGGGAGACUAUUCACUGAGGAAUGGGAAAUAUCUACAUAUUCUGGAGGUUAUUAGGUAAUGGCUUAGAAUGGACCCUGUAAUUCUGAAACUCCGCCAUGAGCCACCAGAGUGGAAGCUUAUGAAGGUCAAGUGAGAGAUAUAUAGCUUAUUAGCCUGAGUCCAUAUCAAGAGGGUCCAAAGGGACCACAGAUUCUCCAGUGGCAUACCACUGUAGUGGCCAAGGGCACUGUUCAGGACUCCCUUUAAGAGACCAUAUUCUGCAGGGAGCGUAGUUGACAGUCCCUAAGUUGUUGCCAUUUGAAGUUACAUGAUACAAGCAAAAGAAUUCCUGUAGUUCCAGGACCCACCAGUUCUGCUGCUUUGUUAUGUCUGGAGAGUAAUUGAUCAUCUUAGUAUUUCACAGAAUACCAUGCUCUUCCAUUACACUGGUGAUGUUAUACUAACUGGAUUUGGUGAGAACAAGCAGGAACAGUGCCUGAAUAAGGCAUAUGUGGGGUAGAAGAAGGGAGAUAAGUUCUGCAAAAGUGAAGGGAUGUGUUACAAAAAUGAAGUUUCUAAUGGUCUGGUAGUUUCAUGCAUGUUAGGAGAUUCCUUUAAAGUGGAGGACAAGAUGCUGUGCCUUGAACAGCAUACUACAAAGAAGUACACAGCUUGGACAGCCUCUGGAAUUUGGAAGUACACUACAUAUGCUACUCUGUCCACAUUUGGGGGAAUAACCCAUAAGGGUGUCAGUUUUCAGUGAGGCCCACAGCAACAGAAAGCAGGCCCCGGCCUGAGUACAAACUCCUCAGCCACAUGGACUUUAUGGCCUAGUGGACUCAGGGGGAUCCAAAAGUAUUUAUGAUCGUGAUGCUAUUAAAAGUCUCUACAACAUCCCUAGAAGAGAAUUACCACACAAUGCUAUUGUUUUUAGCAAACACCAUGCCCCACUCUGCAGACAGUUCUCCAUUUACAAGCAGCUCCUGCCUACUGAAAGAUAGCCAAAUGCCUGACCACAGGACCUCACAUUAUUAUGUAACCUGACCUGUCCAUCACAAGCUAGUUAUUAACUGAUGUACUGAAAUGUAAUACUGGGUGACCAGAGAACCAUUUCAUCAUAAAAUGGAAAUAAGUAGAUCUGAAUAGGUCCAGGAGGGAUAAUUAAACUGCAUAAGCAGACCACUUAAGAUUCUCAUGGUAUCUAGUUUAACCCCUCUCCCUCAGCUCAUUCCUUUGGAUAGUUAGGGAGCUUCCUAUUUAUUACAAAUUAAAAAGAGAGGAAUAAGUAAGAGCCUGGUUUAAGAAUGGAUCUGUACUAGAUGCUGGUAUUAGCUAGAAUGGAUGCUCCCAGAAGUGUAACUCUAUUGAAAGUUGUGCAUUUGUUUGUCCACUUCAUGCUAAAGGAGAAAUAGACGUAUAAAUCUAGAAUAGACUGACUUAUGGGAAGUAAUGAGUCUGCCAGAUGAUAAGGGAUUUAAAAAAGAAAAUGGAAAUUUGAUAACAAAAAGGUACAGGGAGGAGUAUGUAAAUGGACCUCUUCAAUGGGCAGUGAAUGUGAAGAUAUUAAUGUCCCUUUGUAAGGUAGACUAAUUAUUCAGGUGGAAAGAUGAACCCUCCUAUGGAUGCUAGCCAGUCUCCUUCCCCAGUCAAUCCAGUGCUCACUCAAUAGGCCCCUGAACAAAGCAGCUAUGGCUGCAAGGGUGGAGACUAAAUGAGCCCUACAACAAGGUCUUUCACUCACAAAUCCUGUCUGGCUACUGCCACUGUUGAGUGCCCACCCUCCCAAAAGCAUAAGCCAAUGCUGAGCUUUAAUAAGGCACUAUUCCCCAGAGGAACCAGCUGGCUGUUAGUAUUUGAUUAUAUUGGAUCUCUCCCACUAUGGAGUGAACAGUGUUUUUUCCUCGAAAGGACAGAUCCUGUUCUAAAUACAGAUUUGCUUUGUUUGCCUUAAGUGCUCUGCAGCACCACCAUUGGUAGAUUUAUAGAAUGCCUUACCCAUCACGUUGCCUCUAGCCAAAGGAUACAACAUAUGGCAAAAUAAGUGUGGCAAUGGGACUGUGCCCAUGGAUUUCACUGAUUUUACUAUGUGCUCCAUAAUUCAGAAGCAGCUGGCUUGAUAAAACAGUGCAAUGGCCUAUUGAAGUUUCCAUUAUGACACUUACUUGGAAACAAUAUUGUGAGAGUAAGAUAGAGUACCACAAGACACAUUAUUUGUGUUAAAAUGGAAGCCAGUAUACAGCAUGGUCUCCCCCACAGUCAGAGUGCACAGAUCUGUGCAUCAAGAAGUAGAAUGAAAGUGGUCCAUCUCAUUAUUAUACUGAAUGACUCAUCUGAAAACUUUUUUUACCUCCCAUAGAUCAAAUCUUAGCUUGGUCAAUUUUAAGGCCUUGGUGGUCAAUGAGACAUGUUUGUACCAGGAAACCUGACUUCUAUCAGAAAACUGAUUAAAUGGAAGCUGAAACUACUUUUGGUCAUUUAGGGGUUUUUCAUAAAGCUGAACUAACAGGUACAUAAAGGAUUACUGUACUGGCCAGAGUGAUUAAUUUUGAUGACAAAGGGAAAUCGAGUCCUACUUCAGAGCAGAGGCAGCAUCUAUACAACAGGUAGCACUAUAUUUGGAACACAAGAAAUUCAGUGGGGUAUAUCUUAGAUUUCUCUUUCCAGUAGUGCUGGUCAAUGGAAAGCUAUACCAAUUCCCCAAAUGCAAAAGCAUCAAAGACUCAGAUUCCACAGAAUUGAGAUUUGGAGUUGACUACCAGAUAAAGCAUUCCACCCAGCCAACAUAAUGGCAGAGGGCAAAAGGGAACAUGCAGGGAGUCUUGGAAGAAGGCAGCUAUGAUUACCAACUUUCAUGACUAGCUACUGGGCAGAGACUCAAGUAGUUAUAUUUAUUUUCCUUAUUUUUCUCUUGUUUGUCCCACACUAUGUGAAAUGGGACUUAGUCUCCCUCUAUGUGAAACAUACUUGUGGUGCUUAACAUUUUACUUUUCAG